UAAUAAUCAUGGGGGAAGAAGACGAGUAUGCCUGUGUCAACAAAUCCAAACUCAAAAUCAAGACGGACUCUGGAAUAAAAAAGAAAAAGAAGAAGAAGGCUAGCAAAGAUACUGACAAAAUCAUCGAAGAAGAGUUAAAAGAACAGAUGAAACAGCAGACAAACACAGACAAACGGACCAAAGCCGAAAUCGCCUUCCAGAAGAUGCAGGACAAAAUGAAAAAGCAGAGAAUACUACAGAAGGCAGAGAUGACUCACAAGCAAAGAGUAGAAAAGUUCAAUCAACAUCUGGAUAGUCUUACGGAGCACUUUGACAUACCUAAAGUAUCUUGGACGAAGUAAAAAUACUGUGGAGAUGUUCAAUAUCAUUGUGCCCAUUUUAUUCUAAUCUUAAUAGGUUCAAAAUACAAAUCACACUGGAUUGAAAACAACUGUACAUAUUUGUGGUUCAGUUUAUUUACCAAUUGCUGAAGAUCUCUUUCUUGGUUAGGUUAAGUUAAACAUAAGUCAUGCAGCCUGCUUGUUUCUCAUUAAUUAGAACCUGAGUUUGUCUUUGGACAAAAUUAGUACUGAAUCGUUGUUUUUUUUGUUUUAUAAUUACUUGGUGAAUGAGAUAAUUAAUAAAUGUAAUAUGAAGAA